AAUUUGCCCGCGAGAGACUGGAAUAUAUCCAAGAUGGCGAACAACAUGGCGUCCAAGAUGGUACGUCUAAUAACCGCCAGUUCUCUACCUGCUGCAGGAUUACUUUUUACAACCGUAUAUGCUGCAGAAAAGGUCCAUCCAUCUGAGUUGGAUAUUUAUGAUAAACCAACUCUUGUUCAUGAAGUUAUAAUGGAAGAUCCACCAAAUGAGUUUGAGAAGAAGGUCUCAGGGGGGAGAAAGCAGGCCAUGAGUUUAUGGAAAAGCAUGAAGGAUGUUUUUGGCAGAGGACAGUCCCUAGCUCAGACAGCUACAGUAAAAACAUCAGAAUUUAUGGAGUUAAUAUCUACUGACCAGACUUUCCAGAUAAAAGUGGCUGUCAUCAGUUCAGGUGUUCUUGUUGGUGCAAUAGCAGCUGGUAGAGGACGAAGACCAUUCAGRAGAUCUUUCUACUCAGCUGGYCUUGGUACYAUUGYCUUCUCUGCCUGUUAUCCACAAAAGGCCUGGGUCAUUUCUCAGAAAGGUUUUGAGCAAUCUAAAGUCCUCUUCUACAAAUUAAAAACAAUGUAUGAUGAACAGCAACAGAAGCGUCUCUCACAAACCACCRAAGAAAAACCUAAAGUAAAUGAGSCUGAAGUCAAGGAAUUCGUAGAGGAACCUCCAGAGGCAAAGCCUGUUGUACAAGCUGAACCAGAACCCGCUCCUGAAGUAGAAAUCAUUGAAGAAAUCAAGGACAUAAGCUCUUCUACAAUCAMCACUGCUCUUGACUCGGACAGCGAUCGGUCCUAUUUAUCGUAUAUUCCAUUUUUGGGAUGGUUCUUCUCAGGGAAAUCCUCGGAAGAUUCUAGUGCAUUGCAGGAUGCACCAGUUGCCGUGASGACUCAGRCUGAUUCAGAAACAGUAAAAUYGACAAGUUUAAUUGAGAAAGAUAGCAAGMAAGCGAUUGUUGGAGAUCUUGGCCAGUCAAAUCCAGAAGACAAGGAUAUGUACUCAACAAGAAAGUAAACAAAACCUUUUAAAAUGAACUUUUAUUUCAAUCACUCAUUGUCCAAGAAUUAUGUCAGACACUCCCACAUUUGGUAGAAUAAUUUUAGAGGUCUUUUUCUUGAUUUCAGUUCGAAUGAGUGGAAAAUGUUUUGCAAACUUGUACUUAUGUGAUAAGAAUGAGAUGCAAUUAUUGAAAUUAUUAAAAAUGCUGAAAAACU